AUGACGACACGGAUGGAUGCACGAGCAAGUGGAGACGAACAGGUGCUAGGUCAACGUCUCGAUCAAGUUCGUGAGCUAGAGCAUCAUCACAGAAGUGUGCUAUCUCGCUAUCCCUCGGCGCAGUUCUUGUUGCCGAACCCACAUGACGAUCACCCAAGCCGAGACCCUUGGCAGCGUCGAGUUCACGGAGCAGACACACUGCUCGUGUCUCUCGAAGCGCCGGAUCCCGCUCGCUUGCGAAACGAUGCUCGCAGGGUCUAUGCGGAGAUCUUGGAGGAAGAGGAGUACUUGCUCGACGACCUCCCGGAGGAGACGUCAUUUGAGCACAACUCUUCUGCGUGGAUAAUCACCUUUCUUGGCAAACUGCGAGUCAUUGAUGCCGUGGCUGGAAUAAAGGACAUAAACAGAAGCGUACCUGCAGGAGGACACGCAACUCACACUGUGGUGACUCAUCGCCAAACGGCACUUCGUCUUUUGGUCGCCAUUCAUGCCACUACCUUUGAAACACACCCGACAUUCCAUCGUCUCCUACCUUUUGCUGAUGACGAGACGAUCAGCAAGCGUGCCUGGGAACGUCAGCUAUAUGUAAUUCGAUCUCUUCUUCGUCUCGUGGAGCGAUGCGAUCGAACGGGGUCGCACAAUUUCAUUCUCGGCUACUAUGUGGAUACAUUACGAUGGCACCCAGCAUUGCGUGACGCAUUACCCGACCCAGCUGAAGAAGAUAAGGCGCUCGAUGAGUGGGCCAGGGUCGUCCUCGCUGCAGUGCAUAGUAUAAUGACAGCCGACUGA